AUGAUGCUUGCCGCCGUUUAUCUGUUCGGGAUCGAUGGCGCUGCGGUUUUCCGUCUCGAGAGGACUUUGCCUUUGUCGUCGAACUCGACUUCCAUGGAGCAGCUCACAGCUCGGGACCAAGCCAGGCAUGCGAGGAUCUUGCGAGGGUCCACCGCCGCCGAUGGAGUUGUCCACUUCCCCGUUUACGGUUCAGCGGAUGCCAAUCUGUUCGGACUGUAUUACACAAAAAUAAACCUGGGGUCGCCACCAAGGGAAUUCAAUGUGCUGAUCGACACUGGGAGUGAUUUCUUGUGGGUGAUGUCCAACACUUGCGUCAAUUGUCCACGCUCCAGCAAUCUAAUCCAGCCUACGUUUUACGAUGCCACUGCAUCCUCAACCGCACGGGUCAUUCCUUGUUCACACAAGGAUUGUGCUCCAUUCAAUAAAAGCGGCACAUCUUGGUGUUCAAGUAACGGCCAAUGUGGCUAUACGAUCCAGUAUCUGGAUUUGAGUGUAACAUCUGGGGUUUAUGUGAAAGAUGAGCUUCGUUUCGAUUCAGUUUUGCCGGGUUCCACGAUUCCAAACUCCUGGUCUGCGCCGAUUGUGUUUGGGGUAAGUACCUACCAGUCGGGACGCUUGACCAGCACCCAGCAUGCAGUUGACGGAAAUUUGGGUUUUGGCCGUGGAGAUCUAUCCGUUUAUUCCCAGUUAUCUUCCACGGGACUAACACCCAGAGUCUUCUCCCAUUGCUUAAAGGGAGAUGGAAUGGGAGGUGGUAUUUUUGUCCUCGGCAAAAUUUUGGAGCAAGGCAUUAUAUAUACGCCACUCACUCCAUCCAAGCAUCUGUACUAUGUACAGCUACAGAGUAUUGCAGUCAAUGGAGAUAUGCUGGCUGUUGAUCCAGUGGUGUUUACCAAUGGCGGGACAUUCUUUGACACAGGCACGACUCAUGCCUAUCUAGUCGACGAGGCUCAUGACCAAUUUGUCAACGCUGUCACAACUGUAGUUUCCCAAUCCGCAGCUCCUACAACGAGAAGAGGGUUUCAGUGUUACCUCGUCAAUUCUAGUGCAUCUGUAUCCCAGCUGUUUCCUGCAAUGAGCUUGCAUUUUGCUGGCGGCGCUUCUCUGGUAUUAAAACCAGAGGAGUAUCUUGUCCAGUCUUUUUUGGACCCUGCUGGGAUCUGGUGCCUGGGUUUUGGGAAGAGCCCACAACUGACAAUUUUAGGAGAGCUUGUGCUGAAAGAUAAGAUUUUUGUGUACGAUUUGAUUCAUCAGCGGAUUGGAUGGACUCACUUCAACUGUUCAUCGGCACCAAACGUCUCCAUCUCUAGAGACUACUUCGUCAGUUCCGCACAUUCGAGCUUGAGUACCUGUUCAACAGGCUCACUACCUCUAGCCAUCAUCACCUCUGUCUUCUUGUUUGUUUUUUGGGUUAAGAUAGUUCAAUCUUGA